GCUAGAGGACUUCCGGAUGCAUUAUUCUGUUGAUAUCUGGUGGCUUUUUCGUGGAAGAGCGUCGUAAAAGAAUCCCUAAAAUGGCUUUUAAUUAUGUUGUUACAGCUCACAAACCGACAGCAGUUAAUGCAUGUGUUACAGGCAACUUCACAUCACCAAAUGACCUGAACUUGAUUAUUGCCAAGAAUACUCGUAUGGAAAUUUAUGUUGUGACACCAGAAGGAUUAAGACCUAUAAAAGAAGUUGGCAUUAAUGGAAGAAUAGCAGUAAUGCAAUUAUUUCGACCACCGGGUGAGUCAAAGGAUCAGCUGUUUCUGUUAACAGCACGAUAUAAUGCUAUGAUAUUAGAAUGUCAGCAAGAAGGAGAAACCAUUGAAAUUAUCACUAAAGCUCACGGAAAUGUUCAGGAUAGGAUUGGUCGACCAUCCGAGACGGGCAUUAUUGGUAUAAUAGAUCCACUGUGUCGAGUGAUUGGUUUACAUUUAUAUGAUGGUCUCUUCAAAGUUAUUCCCCUUGAUAGAGAGAACAAGGAACUGAAGGCAUUUAAUGUCAGAUUAGAAGAGUUAACGGUUAUAGAUAUGAAUUUUUUAUAUGGAUGUCAAAUACCUACAGUUAUAUUAGUCCAUCAGGAUCAACAUGGGCGACAUGUAAAGACAUAUGAAAUAUCUCAGAGAGAAAAAGAAUUUCAGAAAGGCCCAUGGAAACAGGAUAAUGUAGAAACAGAAGCUUGCAUGGUCAUAUCAGUACCAGAACCAUUUGGUGGAGCUUUAAUUAUUGGUCAAGAAUCAAUUACUUAUCAUAAAGGAGAUAACUACAUACCUAUUGCACCUCCAGCCAUCAAGCAAUAUGCAUUAACAUGUUAUGGGAAAGUUGAUUCUAAUGGUUCACGCUAUCUACUGGGUGAUAUGGCUGGUCGUUUAUUUAUGCUAUUACUAGAUAAAGAAGAAAAAAUGGAUGGUACAGCUUUUGUCAAAGAUUUGAAAGUUGAACUUCUUGGAGAGGUUCAGUAAGCUGCUUUUGUAAAA